CGGCGCGAGUGGCUCGGGAGCGCGGCCGCUCAGAGCCUGGGGAAGUGAUUGCUCGAAGGUGGGGGCCGGAAGAACCCAGGUUUCCGUGUCUCCUGCCCCCCCAAGCCUGGUGGGGCGGGACACCCUGUCCGCCCCCGCCCCCACCCCACUGGAUCGGGAAGCCACUUGGCCCUGCGAGCUGUAGGGGAGGCGCUGCGCCCCCAGCCCCAGCCGAUCGGGGGGCUCCUGGCGCCAGCCUCCCUCCAGAGCGCUGCGGGAGUACCUCCUGCCGUCCGACCGAGUCCCCGCCACUGCAGUGCACGCCCCUUCGGCAGCCAGGGUGGGGCCCACACCCAGCCGGGCCCCUCCCGCCCCCACCCCCACUUUGGGUCGCUGGUGAGUGGGGCGCCACGGCGAGUUCUUUGAGACCCCCAGGCUGCGGUGAGGGUCCAGGAGCUGGCACCACGGAGCCUGGGCAACCUCCUCUGCCCACCCAUGCCCACCCCGCAUGAGGCGGAGAAGCAGCACACAGGGCCAGAGGAGGCAGACCGGCCCCCCUCAAUGACCAGUCAUGACACAGCCCCGCCGGCGGCCCCCAGCCGCAACCCCUGCUGCCUGUGCUGGUGCUGCUGCUGCAGCUGCUCCUGGAACGAAAGGCGGCGGCGAGCGUGGCAAGCCUCCCAGGAGAGCAAGCUCCAGCCCCUGCCCGGCUGCGAAGUGUGUGCCACGCCGAGCCCCGAGGAGGUGCAGAGCUGGGCACAGUCCUUCGACAAGCUGAUGCGCAGCCCGGCGGGCCGCAGUGUGUUCCGGGCCUUUCUGCGCACGGAGUACAGCGAGGAGAACAUGCUCUUCUGGCUGGCCUGCGAGGAGCUGAAGGCCGAGGCCAACCAGCACGUGGUGGACGAGAAGGCGCGGCUCAUCUACGAGGACUACGUGUCCAUACUGUCCCCCAAGGAGGUGAGCCUGGACUCCCGUGUGCGCGAAGGCAUCAAUAAGAAGAUGCAGGAGCCGUCCGCGCACACGUUCGACGACGCGCAGCUGCAGAUCUACACGCUCAUGCACCGGGACUCCUACCCUCGCUUCCUCAGCUCCCCCACUUACCGCGCCCUGCUGCUCCGGGGGGCCUCGCAGUCUUCCUCCGAGGCCUAGGCUGCACACCCAGCCCCCGUGGGCAGACUCUGGGUUACCCGCACGUGUUCAUGCCAGCGGGGGUGUGGCGCACACCUGAAGGCCCAGCCCAGCUGGCUGGGGUCCCCACCCUGGAGGCGUCCGGACCCCAGAGGGGAAGGUGGCACCCCUGACUCUGCCCGCAGGCCCGGCGGGAGCUCCGGGUGCAGGGUGGCGGCCUGAAGCCCCUCGCAGCCUGCGGCUGGCUGGCCAGUGCUCCUGCCUGGUGAGAGGAGCGGCCCUCCCAGGAAGCACCUUGGACCCGAGAGCCUCAAGGGGGCCUCCUCCCCCUCCCCGGGCAGCCGGAGGUGAAAACGUGCCUUUGCCGGGCGGUAGGACCUCCAGAUACCUAGUUUUGUAACUAAGACCUUCCUGGUUGGACUGUCUGCACCUCAGACUCAGGCUCAAGGUGACAGGACCCAAUUUUUCUUUUAUAUGCUCAUGAACUUUAAACCUGGAAACAUGUCCUUACUGUGUUUUAUCUAAAAAAAAGAAAAAAUGUUUUCAUAUUU